GUACUAUGAACAAUAGUAUGAAGGAUUCAGAAGAAAUGUUUUUACAAUGAAGAGUAUUUUUUAUAUACUCUUGCUUAUGUGAAGAAAUGGGAGAAGAGUAAAACAGUGAAUAUGUAAGACAGGAUUCGUCUAUUCACUUCCUGGUUUUAAGUCAUGAGCCCCCACCUUUGUAAUUUAAUUUGUAGAACUCUUUUUCAUACCUGAAAGCUGAUUAGGUUGCAUGGGCACUGCAACAUGGAAUUCAGACAACAAUCCUCUGUCUAAAAGAUGGAACAAUCUUGCUCUCAAGAGGACGGAGAAGAGCCUGAUUUGGAUCCUCGAAUUCAGGUUGAACUGGAAAAGCUGAACAAUGCCACCGAUGAGAUAAACAAAUUGGAGAUAGAGUUGGAUGAGGCGAACACGGCGUUCCGCCUGCUGCUCAGUGACUCGACCCGCCGCCUCAAGCUGCUCAGCAGGAAGCUGGGCGGCUGCAUCGAGCGCGCUCGGCCGUACUACGAGGCGCUGGAGGUCGCCCGGCAUGCGCAGCUCGAGUGCCAGCGGGCGGCCGUCCACUUCCAGCGAGCCAAUGAGAUCCACCAGGCGGCCAAGGAGACGGUGGCACUGGCGGAGCAGCGCUUCCUCAGCAAGCAGCACGAGUGGCAGUUCGACAACGCCUGGCAGGAGAUGCUCAACCACGCCACCAUCAAGGUGAGGGACGCGGAGGACCAGAAGGUGGAGAGUGGCCGCUCGCACCAGAAGAGGGCCAUGCUGUUCAACGCGGCCGAGCAGAAGGCGCAGCAGCUGGAGCAGAGGCUGCGCCGCAGCGUGGCCAAGGCGCGGCCCUACUUCGAGGAGAAGGCGCUGUGCCAGCAGCAGCUGGCCACGCAGAAGGAGCGCGUGGAGGCCCUGCAGGGGGCGGUCGCCGCCACCAAGGCCUCGUACUCGGCCUCCCUGCGCCAGCUGGAGCGCAUCUCCGAGGAGAUACACUGCCGGCGCGGGGCCCUGAGGGGGCCCCGGGAGCCCGGCGUGGGCGCCGAGCUCAGCUCCUUCGAGGAGCCCGGCCCCCGGCUGCUGGCCUCGUACGAGCGGGAGCUGGACCGGUGCGACGUGCCGAGCGCGGGCCACAGCUCCUCCGUGAGCGAGAAGGACGACGGCGAGCCCCCGGAGGAGGACGACGUGGAGGAGCUGCGGGCGCGCGUGCGGCGGCUGGCGGUGCGGCCGGUGGAGGGGGAGGAGGGGCGCUGCGCCUGGGAGUCGCAGCUCAGCGCCUCCGUGGACGAGCUGGACCAGGCCUUGCUGCUGCGCGAGUGCGCCCGGGGCCUCGAGGCGAUGGGCUCGUGCGACCAGUAGCCUGGCGUCACCACUACUCCCCUCCCAAGCCCUUCGGGCAGCCUGGUGUCUGGCGGCCGCAGCAGCGUCAUCACUACUCCCCUCCCCCUCGGGCAGCCUCCCCAGACUUUGUGCGGGUGUCCACCUCCGAGCGACGGGUGGUUGUGGGUGUGCCCGUUGUGCCACGGCACGUCUGCAAGCCGCGGGUGUGACGGCAGACUGCACUGCUCCUGGCCCUGGUGGGCUCUAGGCGCUCGGCGGUGUGCUGCAUGCAACCAGGUCAGAGAAGUCUACCUCAGGCAGAUGAAGACUCAAUGAGCCAUCUGGAAGCAUUAGAAAUUUAAGCGAUGAUAACAUUGCAUCUCUUUUAUCAAAAUGUAACAUCCUGUUCCUUAAACCUUAAACACUACAGUUUCUUUCUCAUUCCUUAUAAAAACUGUUCUUCCUAUUAGUAUUUUUUUUUGUGGAAAAUAGGUAAUGUUUAAUUUAUAACCCUUGUUAUUUACUUCAGUUGGAAAUCUUCAUAUAUUUUUUUUUCCUUACUGUAUAGUGCAGCAUUAUAUCAUCAGGUUGUGUUAAAUGACAGACUAUAGAUAUUUCAUUAACACUUCUGUCCCUGCCAGAUACCAGGCCAGCAUCACGUGUAUUACAUCAGCUAUGCACACAACAUAAUUUCUCACGUCUACCUAAUAAUUUGUGUGCUUGCGAAGUUCCGCUUUUAGACAAUUCAAAUGGUUGACGUAAAUUUCGGGGUUUCGUGAUAUUUUGUCGCUUUAAGUCUGUGUCUCUACCGUCAAUGUGAUUGUGUCAGAAGUAUGAACUAAACAGUCAUAGUCAAAGCUACUUCUAAUAAUCUGCUACUAAUAAUCAAAACUACUACUUGUUUAAAGACAGCAGCGUUAUUUUUUAAUAAUGUUUUAACAUUGGUAGGUGUUUUCGAGCUAUCUGAUAAUCACGGUAAACACAGAAACAUCAUCACACAGUCUGUUGUGAGCUAACUCAUUGUAAUGAGCCAUAUUUUAUUGAUUUAUUGGUGGUAAUUAAUACAGUAUUUUCUGUGGAUCAAAAUGUAGUGUGUUAGAGACUAGAUACAUUAACUUACAUUAUUGAUAGAUAAAUACAUAUUUUCAUGUUUUUAAUGUGCCAAACUAAAUGUUAUCUAGUACUCUCAAGCAACAUGCUCUGUGUGUGUAUGUAUAAAUACACACAUAUAUGUGUGUGCAAUUUGUAAAAUCAGUAGAGACCUGAAAAAAAUAGCAAUUGCUAUAACACUAAUUAUAACACUAAUUUUGGCAUUUUCAAAUGCAAAAUGUUGUUGAAAUGUUAGUUGUACUGCUUUUUUUUUUAAAGUUAGCCAACAAAUAAAUUAAAAUUAUCUAGUGUUUGAAAUAAUUUUGUCAUUAUGGUAAUACUUUUUCUUUUUUAAUUAUUAAGUGGUUUUGUAAUGUUUAUAGAAAAUUUAUUAUAUUUUUACUUAGAUACCUAUUUAACUGCUGCCACAUGUAGAAUAAAGAAAUUGGUUUGCUAAGACAUUUUGAGACUUAUUGUUAGGCAUGCUCAAAUAAGCAAAAAUAACUUUCUAAUGAACACUUCAAUACAAAAUACAGAGAGUAUAAUGAUACAAAUAACAAUAUUGUUUUGAUAACAUGAUCCGACAUUCUUGGAAUUUAAAUCUAACCUGAUAAUAUGAAAACAGUACGAAGCAUUAAAUAUGUGAUUUAUGAAUUUUUUCCAUCAUCGUUAGAAUUGAAAAAACCUGGCUUAUGGUUAUAAUUUUUCAUACACAGCUUACAACAAAAAAUAGUUUUAGUUGUCAUUUGAAACCACGGUUGUCAUGUGAAGUCGAGAAAAUAAAAAACAAAGAUCUAUUUUAGAGAAAAAAUUACACAUAAUUUUUAAAGAAAAAAUAUAUACUUUUUCAGGUCUCUAAUAAUCAGUACUACUGUUUCCUUGUUUUUUGUCAAAAAUUGCCAGUUUUUAUGAAAUCUGCUUGUAUAAGAGAUAUGUGUAGCAUUUAAAAUAUUUUUUUGUUUUUAAUUUUUGUACCAUUUUUAUUAUUUUAUGUAUUUAUACAUUUUUUUAACAUAGUAUAAGUACAAAUUUCGAACAUUAUAAUGUAAUUAAUAAAUGGAGGUACGUGUGAAUUGCAAAUUCUAUAAAUGAUAAUAGAUGCAAAAUAUUGUUUUCACUGUGAUGAUAUGCCAAAUUGAAAGUUUAGGUUAUUCUACAAAAAUCCAGAGUUUCCAUUAAGUUUUCUUUGGGAAUUUUGUUUUGUCACAAUUGCACAUCAAUUAGAAUUAAAUUCCAUGGCUUACAUGGCUGUAAAUGUAAUUUUCAUUUUGUGUUAAAACUUUAUAUUUUUCCAUUCUCUGUUGUAAAUUGAACUUCUAUAAUUUCAGUUAUCAUAAACAUUUAUUAUUAUACGUUCAUGUCUUCCGUGGAUGUGUUGACAGAAUGAAAUAACGCGGUUAACAGUUUCCUUUCAAAUGAGGUCCGGCGAUGUCAAACUGCGUCAGGAGUGCGUCAAAAUGAAGGUACAUAUAUAAAUUUUUUCGUGGUACCGAAAAAUUGGUAGCUUUAACCCUUUCUCCACCUUGUGGAUUUGGGAGGGAGGGGGGUAUGGUAUAAACAAUUUAAGUUACAUAGGCCGUGAGCCAAAAAUUUUCCCAAUUGUCGUAAAAAACCAAACCAUACAUGUUGGGUUAAGCUGUCUCCUCUGAGAGGAGGAAAGACAGGGGGCUGGAAAUGGGGAAGACCGGGAGAAUAAGGAUGGCAGAUGUUUAAAGCUUGUCCGUUAACAUCGGUCCAGCCAUUUUAUUUUGACAGCCCUUGAAGUUUGUCUUUUUAUGUCAAAAACUCUAGUUCUUGACAAAUAAAAUAAAUAGGAUGAACGAUUCAAAGUGAUGUACAAAAAUUAGUGUUGUCUCUAUUCCCAGUUUUCUUACAUUUGAAUCCCAAAGAGUACCAUGAGUAAACCCCUCGAAUAUGUAUCUAGGUGUCAAUGGUAAAAAAUAAAAGAUUUUACAAGAUAUGAAAAAUUUUAACUGUGGUGUUGAAACUCUAACCUUUUUAAUGUUUUGCCCACGAAGUUUCCAAUAUUAAAGUAUUAAUACAUAAUAGUGAUUUUAUUUAUAUAAUUAAAUAUUAAAAGUACAAUAUCUUGGGGAAUAGUAACAGGAUAGGAAGAAAAAAGUUGCCCUAGUAAACUUCAUAUGUAGGGACCCUGAAAAAUGGUAAAUAAAAACUACCAAUAGCGGUGCAAAAAAACUAGUGAAAGCGGUGUAAAAAAACCUGGUAAGAGCGGUGUAAAAAAACCAGUAGAAGCGGUGUAAAAAGUCAAAAUUUUUAAUAAAGCGGUAAAUAAAAUUUGUUUCACUUAACACGUAGUACAUUUAUGUAGGGGGGGGGGGGGGGGAGAGAGAAUACAGGAAAAGUGAAAAUAACUUAACUGUUAAAUUUUAACUUUCAUAAUGAGAUAAUAUUGAAAACAUCUUGCUAUUAUAAACACUUGAACAUUUACACAUUUAAAAUUGUAAUAUUAAUAUAAACCCUUGUUGGGAAGUUGCAAAAUUUGCACAUCAAUAUUUUUUUCUUUGCAUCAAAUCCGUCAGUUGCAAAUUGAUACAAUUUUCGGCAUGAUUUAAACGCUUGUAACACGUUUAGAUAUGGCGAAUUGCAAUUGUAUAAAUGUUGUUUAAAUUACAUGCUUCAUUCGAGGGAAAAGUACUAGAUAAAUUACUGUUUCAGAUAAAUGUAUGAAUAUAUAAAUUCAAGAGUAACACUUAAAUCCACUUUUCAAUCUAAAAAAAUAUAUAAAAAGUGUGUAUUCAACAAUAAGCAACAUCAAAACAAACAAACCCGGAGUUUCUGAGCCAAAGAUAAAUCUGUUUCUCCGAACGUCUCAGAGAAGACGAGAUAAAGUGUGUAAGUUUUGUUCACAAUACAUCAAGGAUGUCAUUUUGUAUGGAAGGACGCCAUGUUGGUAAAAUUAUUGUUCUUUUUGUAAAUUACCGUAAUUCGGUAUUGACUUCAGAUACCGUAUUGGUCCGAAUAUAAGGCGACCAUUUUUACAUAAACGAGAGAUGCAAAAAUUGGAAGUCGCCUUAUUUUCGCACCCAAGACGUCAGAACCGCAAACAUUAGUUCCAAGCUGAAAGCUACAGUAGAAACAUUGUUUAACAAAACGUUCACGAUUUUUUAUAUUAACUAAAACUUUGUUACCUCACACGGUAAAAACAAUAAAUCCACCUAAUAUUGCAGUAAUUUACAAUUGUUUGAAGUUGAAAAUUAAAAUAUUUGUUCUUGAGUAAAAACGUGAAUGUUGAAGCAUCUCAAAAUGGCAACCUUUUAUUUCACAAUUCAUAUUUGUACUUUGUGUACAAUCGCGUGUUAACAUUUACGGUAAUUUAUCUUCAGAUUUUUAACUGAAAUAUUUGUACUAAAAUAUCACAGUUAUUUUCAGAACGAUUGUUUACGUUUACAAACAUUUCGGAUGUAAUGUAUGGAAAUUCACGGCUGCCAACUGUCUUUCCACAAUAUUUCUUUGUUGUAAAACGAACAUUGCCGAACACGCUCGAAGACGCCAUAUUAACAGGAAUUUGGUACGUUGCUUCAAAAGCUAUUUUAAUAAUCCGCUCUUUAUUUAUGUAAAAACCUUUCAUAAUUAUAAUAGAUUAUUCUUUCAAAUUCAUAGAACAGACUCUCUCUGUCAGAGAGUAAUAUGGACAAAUAUACGCGGUCACGUAACCGAAGUUAUUCAUGGCCGUAUGCUUCAUCAUGUCAGCUAGCCACUUGUUUUGUUCCGGCAAGAUGCAUUAUUUGUUUGCUUUUUUUACGUUAAACACACUACUAAAUAGUAAUACACCUUGUUCUGUGGUAAUACGUAGCUUAAGUCAAACGGAAAGUUAAAUGCUGUAUUUUAAGAGUGAUUAAUAGCCAUUGUAAAAAUUUUAAAUUCGUAGAUACAGUAAACUGUGAAAAAUCAACAAUCACACAUCGGUGGAACGGCGGGGAACGAGCUCUAGACAAAUAAACAGCUCUGAAGAUGACAAUUAUGCAGCUUCAUUAGAGUAAACACGAAAAAAUUUCUAGUGUAAUAUUUAAAAGUGUAAAUAUUUUCUAAUUGUUUUCUUUUGACUUUUAGGGUAGGCCAUUCAAACUUAUUUUAAAUAAGUAAAGUGAUAAAUAUAAAUUAAUUGUUAUACAUAAAUGCAAAAACGAUUUAUCAACACAAAAUGUAUGUCUAAUGAAUUUUCACAUUAAUUUCUACCAAAAAUUAUUUUUACAUUUGUUUGGCCUCCUGAAACUGCAGGUCGCCUUAUAUUCGGGGUCGCCUUAUAUUCGGGCCAAUACGGUAUAUUGUGAAUGUUCUAGAAAAUUAAGACUUUUUUCCGUAUAAAUGGGGUUUGAAAGAAAAAAGUAAAGAUUCACAGCGAAAAAUUAAAAAAUUCAACAUGGUGUUGCCAUGAUGAAGUGUUUAUGUACUUUCUUUUCUAUGGCUUGUUAUGGCCGUUAGGAAACCCGUUGGCCAACGAAUGAAAACAAAACAGUUGUGUUAUUGUUAGGUUAAUAAACGUAAUAAACCCGUUUCUUGAACCCGAUGGUGUUAAAAUAUGAAGUUACUUAUAUUAUCAAAUUAUAAAGUGAAAAAAUGAUUUGCCUAGGCGUCGUUCUGUAAAAUAUUUUCGUGUAGUGUGGAGUUUUAUCUUUGACUUGUAAACAUAUUCUUGCGCAAAUCUUAAAAAUAGUGAUUUUAAAUUGACUAUUUCGUGCGAAAUUUCGUGAAAUAGAGGAAUUUAGCCCUAUUUCGCGCAAAACGAGAAAAAUGGCAAAUUUCGUGAAAUUUCGCGGAAUUUUGCGACGCAUAAACGGUUUGUAACACAAUAAAAAUAACACAAAUUGUUGGUAUGUUGACCCUAUAUGCUUGUAUAAACAUUUCGUGAAUAAACCAUUCGCGAAAUAAAAGGGUCCCUAUUCAUGUUAUCAUGGUUGGAUUUUUGAUUAACUCCAUUUCCUCCAAUAAUUUUCUUUGAAUCUUUGCCCUUGAAUAUUGAAUCCUUCGAGUACCAAGGAUUUUAUGGUAUUUAAAGAUUUGAGUGGCCCACCCCUAAAAAAAAUAUAUUAGUAAAAUUUAAGUGAUAGAAAAUAUAAUGCAUUUCUUUUUGCACAGUUUUUUUCUGGUUCUGCACUUAUACAUUGCCUAUGACAUUUGAUCUUCAAAAACAAAAGCAGUGAUUUGCAAAAUUACUAUCAUUGCGUAUUCAAUAUCAUAUGUUGCCAAUUAUAUAGCUGAUGUUAGGAAAUGUUCUGUAUUGAGUUGGGAAGAUGCAUAAUACAUAAUUACAGAUGACAGAGUAUAAAUUAAAACUUCUGAAAAUACGUUUUUUUUUUUUCAUGUGGUAUGAAAUGCUAUUUUCUUUUAUCCAAAAUGCUAAAAAAAUGUAUUUUUACUCGUACCUCUGUUAAUAUGCCAUCAAGGAGAAAGUCCAGACCUAUACAUGAGGUACCAAGUGCAUAUGAUUCUGAGCUGGAAAUAUGCUGUAAUAUUUUAACUGGAUUUUUUUUUAUUGGGUAUUCUUUCAUUUAUUAUAAUUGUUUGUAUUAUGCUACUCCUAUAUAGUAGUACAUAAAUUUGAGAACAUGGUUUAUCUUUCAUAUUGAAUGUGUUUGAAAAGGAAUUCCAUACCUGCCAACUCUCAAUUUGGUCGUGAGGCUCAAAAUUAUUUACUACUUCUUACACCCUCGCAACUUAAGUGUGAAUUUCUCUCGCUUUUUCCCAAUGAUUAAAAACUUUAACUUUUUUUGUGUUUGCAUAAUUGUUUUACACACACAAACUAAAUUAAUCAUGAAGACUAGAAUAAUAUUUUUGAUGCAUGACUAGCACUGCCAGCACAAUAAUUACUGCCACCAGGUAUCAAAGUGUUGAAGCAAAUUCAAUAACAGUAGUCAAUUUAUGACUCUCCAAAUUUGUUUAUUAUUUGUUUUUGUGUUGCUUUGCUUUGUUACACUCCAAAGACCGCCGGACUAGCUCAGAUAUUUUACGUUUUGGUCUUCGAAGGGUUACUCGCAAGGUACACUUGCAUAUUCGGAUGCUGAAAAAGUGAGGUUAUGUUUCACUCAGGAAAAUAGUUAUGGGCGAUUGUUGAAUUUCAAUUGUGUCUCUCGUACACAAAAUGUUUUUCACUGAUUAUUUAUUUAUACCUUACUAAUUCACGAGACAUUUGCCGCCAUCUUGCGACAACAUUUACAAGUUGAAACAGUAUUUUACUUACUCACAAACAAGCUUCAUUAAUUUGAUUCACACGCUGAUUGGCCGAAAAUUGAAUGUUAAAACCGUUCGAAGUUAAGUCCCGCAGUUGCACUCAACUUUCGGUACAGUGCCGAAGGACAAUGUCCUCGGAAACAGUGAAAAACUUUGGUAAGACCUGUUUUGGGCGAUUACGAUUACCGACGACUGUAGUCAAAAAAUUCUAAUUGUGUCCAAAUAACGAAAAUAAGGUAGAUUAUAAACCGGUGACGCCCGGACCACAACUGCGAAAUUUACUCGUUAAAUCUUCAUCAAUCUAAACCUCCUCAGUCACUGUUCAGUAGAUGACUGAGGAACCAAAACGACACACUGGUCUCAGGAGAGACCAAGGAUUGCACCAUGACGUAACUUUCGGCCAAUCACAGCACAGUAUCCAGCACUCCCUCCAACACCAGCCAAUCACAGAACAAAUUACAAUACAUAAAAAAAAUCCUGUACACACAUAACUCGGGGCUUCCCUUGAUUUGUCUCUUUUCAAUUUCACAUCAAAAUCGGGGACUCCCAUUCUCGUUCUCUCUCCCACACCGUGAGACAGCAGUUAUCACUCAGUUCCCACGCAGUGGGGGAAUUCCCGUCUUUAUCUAUUUCUGAGGGGAAUUACUGUUUCUUUCUCACUCACACUUACAUGUCUCUUAUGCCUCUCUUUCUACACAUCACCCCAGCCCAGACACAGUCCCGUGAUCUAUAAUUAUAUUGCAACACGUUAAUGAACAUUAAAAACAGCAAUCCCAACACAAAUUACUUGACAAAAUUCAACUUAUUGAGAAAAACCUGAAAAAGUAGGCCUAAACAAGCACAAAUCUAAUACAACUGCUUAUUUGUGAAUAAUUACAUAAUAAAUAGUAAUGAUUAAAAAUGUCUAAUAAAAUACAAAAUACCUUCUUAAAACACACAGCAAGUGAAAAAUAUCAACCCUAAAAUUUAUAACAAAUGGUAAAAUAUUAUUAGAAAGACUUUUUAAGAAAUAUUUACAUGCAUAAAAAUAGUUUAAAAGAAAAAUAUUUCAUUAGGAAGGCAGGGUUCUUGUAACGUUACAGCUUUAAUCCGUAUAUUGUUUUUCAAUCUGCAUCCACGAGGUGAUUUCUGUUUAACAUUUUCUAGUGAAACACGAAGAGGUGUGUUAAGUGGUGUGAGGUUGUACAUCUUACAGUUAAUUUAAUGCUUUUCACAACGUCAGAACGUGAACUAAGUGGCAGUAAAUUCAAGCAUUACAAGACAAUAUCCAACAAGUCGUAUUCAGACGUAUUUCCUGGUGUUAUUGCUUUGCACAAAAGCCAUUGCCAUGUAGCCUACUUUCAAACUGAAUGCAGCCAACUAAUUGACUAAACAGGAAGCAGGUGGUAGUUGGACAGAAAAAAAGAUAAAUAUUUUGCAUAUCUGUUUCCCGGCUGUUUCCUUCUGCCCACCGUCAGUUGUGUAGCAGUCCUGCUUUUAGCCACGUUAACUAUACAUAAUACAUAAUAAUUAUUUUUUUACAUUUUUUACUGUAUCCACAAUCAAUUUCUGAAGUUAGAGAUAAUCUUUUACAAACCUCAAGAUUUUUAAACCUUGUGGGUUGGCAGGUGUGAAAUGGUGAAAUUAUUGAGUAAAUUCUCUCAAUAACAAAAAAAAAUAAUUGAUAGCACGUAAUUUUCUCAUAGAAAAAAUUCCUCUUUUAAAUGUACCUUAUUUCUCUAGGAUUUUAUGAUGGCUUACAAAGAUUUUAAUAAGACCUGGGUAUUUUUUUGUAUAUUUUUAUUUUUAGAUGAUAACUUGAUACAUACAUGGUUACUUUCUACUAGUUAACCAUGAUGCUUUACAUAUCAUGCAACUGAAAAAUGAGUUCGAAUACUCAAUCAAGUUAUUGGUAGGUCACUAGGCUUGUUAUAUCAUGUGAUAUGUAAGCAGGUGAAAUAAAUUGAAAAAUAAUUUUUAUUUUAUUUUUUUUGUUUUAAGAUGUACAUUUAGAGUAUAUUAGUGAUUAAAUGUAAAAACAGUAUGUCUUUACAGAACUACUUAACUUACUUAGUUUUUAACUUAUUCUGUGUGGUUUUGAAUCUAAAAAAUGUGUGUAUUAGCUAUUCUCAUGUUAAUACUAUGGUUUUUCUAGUAAUGUUAGUAAUGUCAGCUGUAAAAAGAAAUGUACAUCUCAUUUGUUUUUCAAACUUUUUAAUGUGUUAAUAUGUUAGGUUUUUUUUUAUCAAGCAAUUUGAUUUGGUUCUGUACAAGUAGAGUAAUCCCAUGCAUGUGUUUUGUGUGUGUGUAUCAGGGUUCAAAUUGCUCUUAUGUAUAGUGAAUCCCUUUUAAGAAGUUUCUCGAGGUAUUUUAAAAUUCAAACUUAUUUCUAGGGAAAACCUGUUAAAAGAGUAAAAUUGUAUGGUUCUGUUGGUAAGGUGAAGUACAAAAUCUAAGUAUUAAAUUUAAGCUUGAAUCUAAAAUAUGUUGAAUAGAUAGAAUAUAUGCUACCAAAAUUAAAUAGCUCACACCUAAAAUAAAGAGACGUUUCAUGGGAUACUAAAACUAAGUACUGUUCAUAGUGGUGGUGCAAAGUGAUAAACAUUUCUCAAGCACUUACUGCCGUAUUUACCCGAAUAACCCGCUAAUGUUUCAUAAGAUGUAUGUCGGAAAAGAAUGGUGUGCUGCUUAUUAGAAACCUGACAAUGCCGCAUGGCUACACCUCACAAUUCCAUCAAGCUCCAAGGUUGGUAACCCUGCUAUUGCUAAUGUAUGACGGACAUCUUGCAUGUUGUUUGUGUGUGUUUCUGUGAGAAAUACAGUCGAACCCCGAUUAUCCGUGUUAAUGAAGGGGACGAGUGAGUCGGAUAAUCGAAAAUCGCGGUUAGCCGAGUCAUGCUUGCAUCUGUGGACAUUCGGAGAUUACAUAUAAAUAACGACCCUAAUCUCGGGAACCGUGAGGGGUCGUAUCUAUUCUCCGUUCACUCUUAGCUGAGUUUUGAAAUAAAAAACACCGUCGUAUCACUGCGCCGCGUCAGCUAGUGAUAGGCUGAAUUUAUCUUGCGUGCCAAGCACUAGUUGCAACACACACAAACUUCAGUACAGUCGGUGCUAAUAAAAUAACGGAGAAGUAAUAUAACAGGAAAAUGGUGCCGUUACCUUUCACGACACAAAAGGAAACAAUGUUUAUUUUUUGAAUAAUCGAUAAAAUAGCACCGUAACGUAAGACAACAAUAUAGUGUUACGAUUUGGUACUCUCCUAAUCACUAUCUGGCAGUGGUGCUAUCCCUUCCAGACUUGAAUCAGACCUACCACCACUAUCUUCGUCACUACUGACAUCACUGUUACCGAGAGAAAUGAUUUACUGGCCCAAACAGCGUGACACAUUCACAGUGAGGAGUUUAAGUGGAGCGGUUUGCAAUUUAAAACAAAGGAAUUCAGUACAAACUUUUACAAAAGUUAUCUUAAGAACAUUAUAAAACUAGAUGUUUAGAACUUUGAACACAUUUUAAGCAUUUUAAGGAAAAUAUGUUAAGUCUUCUACAGUUUUUUUAAAGAAGUCUGUUACUUUUUUCUGUCGCGACUUGUUUAUUUUUCGUUUGAUGUCUAAUCUUACUUUUCUUAAUGUAAGAAUAUCUGAGAACUCACUAUCUUCUUCCUGUUCCAUAAACUGUAAAAGUGUUUCUGUUGACUCUAACGCAGUUUGCAGAUUCACACGUAUUGCUGGAGUCAAAUCUUCCCCGUCGCCCUCAUCACUUGAACUGACAUCGGCGGCCGCGCAUGUGUUCGAACUGACAAUGUCGUCAUCACUUUUAAUUUCAUACACAGGAAGCAAGACGUCAGUUUGUAGCCAUUCCUAUAUGUUUUCUUCAUCAACAUGAACAAAUUGCUCAUUGUUUUUUAUAGUCGAUUGAAGCGACUCAGCAAAGUUUUCCGUCUCAAUGUCUUCUUUUUCAAAGCCGUGGAAGUUAUCAGCUGAACCUUCAAUGUCACAAUACAACUUCCUCCAAGAUCUGACUAUAUUUACUUUUGAGACCAUUCCCCACGCCUUAACAACAAGAUAAAUUGCUUCCUUUAAGUUCAUGUUUUUCCAAAACUGAACCAUUGCCCUAUCUUCCUCCAGCAGUAAGUUUAAGAGUUCUCGUCGGUAAUGUCUCUUUAAUGUUACAAUAACACCUUGAUCCAUUGGCUGAAUGAGCGCAGUCACAUUUGGAGGCAAAUAGGAUACAAAAAUAUUCCCAUCUGCUGAUUUCAACUCGUUUUCAUUUGGAUGAGAUGGUGCAUUAUCUAAGAAAAGCACUGCUUUGACCGGCAAACCUCUUGACUUCAAAAAUUCAGAAACAUGUGGUACGAAUUUGGAAUGGAACCACAGUUUAAAAAUUUCUCGAGUCAUCCAAGCAGAUUUAUUGUGAUAGUAAUCAGCUGGAAAAUAUUUCAUUUCCGUGCCCUUUAAAUGAUCGUGGCUGUUUUGCUUUCCCGACACACACUAAUUUUAGUUUAUCUUCUCCACUAGCAUUAGCACAACACAUGAUUGUGAUUCUCUCUUUACUCGAUUUGUGGCCAGGCGCAGACUUUUCUGCUGAUGCUGCAAGUGUUUUACUUGGUAAGCACUUCCAGUACAAACCAGUCUCGUCUCCAUUAUACACUUGGUCUGGAACUAAGUUGUGUCUGUCAAUAAUCCGCUGGAACUCCUUUUUAAAUGUGCUUGCCCCUUCGGUAUCGCCGCUAAGUUUUUCACCUUCCAAGGACAAUUCUCUUAUUCCAUGACAAUCUUUAAAUCUUGCCAACCAACCUCGCGAUGCACUGAAUUCUUCUGUCAGGCCUAGUUUUUUUUUUUUUUAAAUUUGAGCCUGCUGUGAUAAAAUUACGCCACUUAGUGGUACACCCUCCGACCUUUUCUGUUGAAACCAUUCAAACAAACAAGCGUCCAAGCUGCUAAAUGUGGAUUCUUUCAUCGUCUUUCGUUUAUUUAAUUCACUUGAAGUGUCAGCCUGUGAAGCAAACUGAAGGAUUUUUUCGCGAUUUUUUAUGAUGUUGCACACUGUUGUGUUACCGACAUCAAACUCAGUCGCAAGUUUUGCAAUCGUUUCUCCACUCUGAAAUCUUUCCAUAAUUUUUGUUUUGCUGUCGAUUGACCGUACCACUCGCUUUCUUUUCUGUUCAUUUGAUGACAUGAUGAAAUGUUACGCUCACCACUUCCGCACAACACUACGGUAUAAUCCGUCGGAAUGCAGAUCACUGUUACAAUACAUAAAAUGAUCACCACCUUCACGCUUCAACAACGUACACUAAUGGACUGUCUCCAUGCGCCGGGUAAUCUCUGUGGCACGGCGCCGUGCUGCGCGCGGGAGUGUACAGUCCGGUCAUGCGGACAUGGAAUCGCGCACCGGUGUAUAAUCUAUUCACGUAACACGGAACACAAAAAUAGUAUGUACAUACGUAUGUAUCGACUAGUAUUUUUUUUAACUUUCUUUGUAUAUAAACAUGACUGAGUCAAAAGUACUUUGCCCAACAUACAUUUUGCAAAGUAUUUUAACAUUUACAUACAUAUUGAGUCAUUACUCAUUGGUUAUAUGUAACUAAAAAAUUGGACUUGAUGGACAUAAAUCACGGUUAAUCCGCGAAUCGGAUGAUCGAGUCGCGGAUAAUCGGGGUUCUACUGUACUCUGCAAUAAUUACUAACUGUGGUCGCGAUCACUACAGCUGCUGAAAAAUCCGAAUAAUGAUUAAAAAACAUAAAAAGGUUCAGGAAAUGGAAAAUUGUGUUCCACAUAGAAAGUAUAUUUCUCGUGGAAAGUCUCUUACACCUGACUAGAAAAUGGGGGGGGGGAUUUGUGUAGUGUAAUAAAAGUUUUAUUUUAUUUGAAAGGUGAGAAUUUGUUGCUUGUGCUUCUUCAGAAACAUCCCGAUUUAUUUUGUUAUAAUCUGAGUACCAUAGCAUUGAUUUCGGUUAUUCAUGGUCGGGAUGUUGGAGCUUCGAUCAGUAGCCAUUUAACAUUCAUGAUGCCUUUUCCUCACUUGACAGUCAAUAUAUUAUUCACACUUAAUACACAAAUAAAAUAUUUACUGUGUGAUAUCUGUUGGGAUGUAUACAUAUUUGCAGAAUUGAUACAUUUAAUAUUACUCUUCUGGUAAGAAUAAAGAGUGCUUUAAACAAAAGACUACUACAAAAAACCUUAAAACCAAUUUUAUUCUAACUUUGAAUAAUCACACAAGUCCUGAAUAGACAUUUAAUAGAAACUUGAAAUAUGGUCAUAAGUUCUGUUUUAAAAGUUUGGUUUGAGGCUUUUUCGAAGGCACGGCUUAUACUGGUAAAUACGGUACUACAUAUGAUGCAGAUUAAAAGUAACUGUUUCCCUGGUUGUUACUAACAAUUUUAAAUAUAAUAAGUUUUAAUCCUGACUAUAUUUUACAAUGUGAUACCUUUUAGUACCCAUUUUGAACAUGUUUUUGUGUUAAUAUUGGAGAUGUUUUGUGCCUCAGAGCACUUCAGAUUUGUUGUGUGUGGUGAUGAGAUUCUGCUGUUGCAAAUCAUAUUGUUGGUGCUAUACUUCACAGUUGUGGCUCACGCAUGUGUGAUGUGUUGAUGUUUGGAAAAUGUUGAACAUCAUUGUUAAUGUUUGCAUAGUUUAAAUUCUCAGGAGUAUUUUCACUUUUUCUUUCUUCAACCAUUUACACAAAGACUUUCUGACACUGGGUUACAAAAUGCCUUAAUAUUAAACUGUAUCAGUUACUUAACACGGCAUUUUGUUUGUAUCGCGGCAAAACAUUUGUAAGAAAGUAUUAUGACACAUCCCAUAGUUAAUUUUGUUUUCAACCACAUACCUUCACUAAAAUUCUUUAUUUAAGUACUGGCUUGAAAGUUUACCCAGUAAGUGUAUGUCAUGUAAAAUUAGGGUUUUGCAUUCAAUGAUUUUAAUUGACUGGGCUGUUGUUCUCUCGCAUAAUCGUCGCACAUUUUAUACCAAAAUCAAGUUUGAAAGUAGGGGUGCGAUGAUUAUGCGGAAAAAAAAUACAUUUCGUUAGAUAAAGUUAUUCAUUUAAAGGAAAGUACUUUUUUUUUUUAAAAAAAGGUGGAGUAUACAAGAGCACGCCAAACAAUUUAUAUUAAUAAUUCAUGCAAAAAAACUUUAUUAAACUUUAAAUAGAAAACAAUUCUGUGACCUGAACGCAAGCCACUUGAAUAUGUGACGUGAACUAACGCGUAACUAUUGCCGUAGUACACACUUGCAAUGAAAGAGUGCGAGCCAUCAGAUGUAGUUAACUUGGCACUCGACAGAUAGCACGCGUUGCAUGCAAUCGGCGAGAUAUCGAUAUUCGACUAUGUGUGCACGCUCUAUACGGGAAGCAACAUAACCAAAUAUGAAUGAUGCCAACUAGUGCUGGUUACAUUUUUAUAAGCGGUACACUGCGGCGACGAAGACGAACAGAUAAAAGUUAUAACGUUUAAAAAUGUCUUUAAAAGAAAAUUUACACAUCAGACAGCUUCGUAUUUCCGUUAAUUAAAUAAGUAAAAUAGUUAAUUUCCGAAUAAAUAGUAGAUUUAUACUUUAUAAUACACCGUUUUAUACUGUAAAAAUAUACCUACACUAAGCGCUCGGAAUCUAAUAGCGGGACCAAAAACAUCAUGCGACGUUUACGCGAGAAGUUUUUUUUAAUCCAAAUUUUGACGCCCAAAAUAUGGGUGCGACGAUUAUGCGAUAAAAGAAGGUAUUCAUUAUUUACCUGUCAUGCCACAAGUAGGUUUGAACGUGAGGGGAACUAACAGUGAUUUUGUAUUUGGUAGUUUUUUUGGUAUAGUUUCUAUUUCAAAAUAUCAUUGGUCAUGGUCACCAUUCAGGAAUCAGCUAAAGUCAAGACUGCUGCACUAACACACUUGGUGGAUCUAUCCCUGAUUGGCUAGGCCCUCCAUCAGUCAUGGCCGCCCAUAGGAACCAAUCACAGCUCAGCUGUGCCAGAACACCAGGCCUCAGUUGUUAAUCACCUUUUAAGAUGGCUGCAACAUGCCGAAACAUCAGUCACACCAUCAUAUAUACAAGUGUGGGCUCAACCCACAAGCUAAAAAGUAGUUGGUGACACAACAGUCUUGUUGAUGUAAGAGCUGUCACUAGGGACAAGAUUAUUUGGUGAGUUGCGAUAAAACCAAGAUAACACCGUAAAGCAUGUCAAUAUACCUUAUAACACCAAGAUAAUAUGCAAUUGAAAUAAUGAAAAUAAUCAGCAUUUUCAAUUAAAACUUAACUCUAGUGGCAAAUACCUGAUCUUUAAAAUAUUAAAGUCAAUGAAAGUAGUUUAUUUAACAUAAUGUUUGUACCACAAUUUUAUAAGAAUAGAUUGGAAAAAGUUUACUUUUUUUAAGUCUUGUAGCUGUCAUUAGUUACUUAUUUUUACAUUAUGACAUAGAAUUUUUUUUUGAAGCAGAGAAAUACUUAACAGAUUUAUUUUAUUUGUUCCGAAGCGUUACACAUAACUUAUUACAAAUAGUUAAAUUGAAAAACUGCAUAAUGUAUCAGUCAAACCAACAUUUUGAAGGUACUGUUUACUGGUCCGCAGCGGAUGUGAGAAGUGUGGCACACGGGUGCCAACCAUUAGCUGGAGGAAGAAGAAGUCUCCGAAGUCACCCCUCAGUUUUUCUUCUCUCGUGUUUCUUUUUUAUUUUUACAUUGACUGUAAUAAUAAACAGAAGCUACAACUGAAAGCUAUUACCUUGAUUUGUCACGUGAAUGACUGGAGCCUCUAUUGCAGAAUAAAACCUAAAGUAAUGUUUAAUGUAGAAUAAACUAGACUAACAAAUAGUGCCAUUAUUCUUUUUUUGUGUCCUUUUAUAGAUUUUUUGAAGGGCUAACCUAAGGAAAAAAAAAUGUUAGUUAAAGUUUUACCAUUACAGUUAGUUUUUGUAUAUGUUUGUUCUACAGCCAGUAUUAAUAAUUUUUAGUUAAUUUUAUAAAAAUAUGCUUGACAGGUAAACACAGCUUUCACAACUCAAAAAUCAUUAUGUGCAGAUUACUGUGAUAAAAUUCUUUAUAGAGACUUAAAGUGCUCAACUAACAAAAAUACUGGUGAGAGUUUUGAUUGUUGGUGUUAGUUAUUAUGAUUUUUAAUGUGUGAACUGUUUUCAUUCCUAGCAGCUGCUGAAGUAAUUUUUGUUGUGCCCGUAUGGUUUGCUGUAUUAUUUAUACCAAAGCUGUCUUUUCGUAAAGUUUUGCUGUUGAUUGCUACUGUCAUGAUUUAAGCAGCAUACACUAUGUACUGAAUUAUUUUCAGGAAAUCAAGUUUUAUCACAGAAGUCAUAUAAUCUUAUCAUAAUAUUUUCUAUUUUACAUAAUAUGAAAUGUUUUGUAUUUUAUAGUAAAGGUUUCAUUUGAUUUCAGCUUUGAUGUAACCAACAUUGUUAGCUACAUUUAAUAAAUUGUGACUACGUUAUUAAAAGCAUAGAUAAUUUCUUAAGAAAACCUUUAAAAUCCUGGAAUUUGAUUUUGCCACUAGAGUGACCUUCCUGAAUAAGGAAAAUUGUAUUAUUGCUACUAGAAGUUAAUACUCUCACUUUAUGUUCCAAGAAAGCACGUUAAAUACAUUACCCGAAACAUUUUCUGUGCUGAAAAUUUUAGAAUCAACAUAAUUAAUAUUUUAAUAUUAGCAAAACUAUUUUUUAUUAGUGCUUUACUUAAUAUAAUAUAGUUGUUUUGAUGUAAUUAAAAUUAAAAAGCAGUGAAUUUCUAAAGAAAAAACUAAUACAACGAAUUUUCAGGAACAAACUUAAUCUUGAUAAACUUGGUCAUUAAUGCCAGAACUUAUUAUAUUUAAGAUUUUUUAUUUUGCGUUAUGUUUGAUUGUUUGAAUUAACUUAGUAAAUUUAAAUGCAUGUAAUAUGACCUGAAAAAAAAAUUACAGAUAGGUACUGAAUAAACAUUUGGUACCAGUACACAUUUCACAAUAUCUUGGAGAACAUUAGGAAAUUCAUAUUUUUAGUAGUACCUAUGCAGGCUAUCAUGAUUAAUUAGCAGUUUGCAUGUCUACAAAGUCUGUGUAACAAUUUGAUGAUGAUAUACAACAUAUUCUAAAUUAAAAACUAAAAUGUGAUUAAGAUCAAUAUGCGUGGGUAAGUAGGUUUGACCUUAAUAUUUUAGUUAGUACUGUGUCAAAUUUAGUAUGUCAAAUUUAAUGUAUAUCUUUAAUUCUUUAAUAUCUCAGAAAAUAUAGUAUAUUUUCUUGUUUUUAUAGUACGUGUUUACAGCUAAAAUUAUAUUCUCAAGGUCACAAAUUUUCAUUUUUAAAAGUUAAGCCUAUCUUAGUAAUGGUUGUAGCUUUUUUGUUCAGUUAAAUGUAAGAUAAAUGUAAAGUCCUGCUAAUCCGAACCCCACUAAUCUGAAAAUCUGGGUAAUCCAAGUGAGUUUUCAGGUGUAAGUAACAAAAAAUUAUUGAAUUUUUUUGUAUAUUAAAAACUAUUUUUGAAGUCUUGGCCCAAUGCUUUUUGUGCUUUUAAAAGUGUUUUAGGUACAGCUGGGUGGGAUCCCAGUUUUUAUAGUACGUAUCGUUCUUAAAACUUUGCACGAGAAAUUUCUUUUUCCCAUUCCACUAUUUUAUUCCAGUAGUGUACAUGUCCAUGUUUAAAUAUUAUUGUUAAAAUAUUUUCAAAGAAAGUACUACACUCUAACCUGAUUGAAUAUAUACAUGCAAUCGGAAAUGCAUCAUUGUUAGCAGUUCAAACUUAAAAUAUUAAAGGUGGUGUGAAAAAUAUUCACAGGCACAAUCAAAAACAAGCACUUUAAUCAGAAUUUGAAACAUGCACCAAAUAAUCAAAGUUAUUAUCUCAUCCACAAUUGAAAAUACAUAUUUUAGACACAUUAAAUGUGUAGAAUGGGAACUGUAGUGCUAUGGUCAAAAUGUGAAUAAAUUUAUUUAACCUAUGUUAAAUCAAUAGUUACUAUCAAUCUACCACCAUUUUCACACAGUAGCAACUUAUUGCAUUUAUGUAUGGCACUAUAGACGUUGAGACUUAAUUUGUGCCUUAAAAGCAAUUUAAACAAAUGUAAAAAAAAAGUGCUAGAAUCAAGUGGAAAUUCAUUGUAAACAUGUUUGUAAUAUUGGUGAAUGUGUACGUGGCCACCGUAAAUAAUGUACAUGAGUUAAAUAUGAGCUAAUUUUGUCACUAUCUCACCAAUUAGGCUUUGUGUUUUAAUUUUGCAGUCCUUUAAAAUUACCUGCCUCUAUCAAUGUAUAAAUUUUAGAUUUGAGACUAUGCAAAAAACAAGGCUAACAUUUUUCCUUUGAAAUAGUAUGGGAAUUUUUGAAAUUUGUAAACUCAAAUAAUUCCCAUCCCUUUUCCUGCCCAAUAUUUUCCCAAACCAAAAUUCCAAAUCUUGUCCAACUCUGGAUGGGCUGUGUUCUGUUCUGUUAUAACUCAAUGCUUUUAGAUAUAUAUUUUACUACACACUCUUAUAUUAUGGCAAUAACUACGCUAAUCUGAAAAUAUCAUUUCCAAACAGGUGUGUGCACCAAUUAGUUUGGAUUAGCAGGACGCUACUGUAUGUGUAUUUAAUAUAUGUAGGUAUUAUUUACCUACGUAUUUAGAAUUUGUUAUUGAUUGUAAUAAUUGUAUAAUUACUAGUAGGGUGUUGAACGUAUGCAUUCAUUAUCAUGUAAAUUUGAAAGUAUAUUAUUUCAUUUAUUGUUUUUUAAAACAUAUGUCUGGUUAUAUUGAGUAUUAAAGUUCAACAGUGAAAUUAUAGUCAUUUGCAUUUUUUUUAAUUUUUUUUUUAAGUGUUUUUUUGCUUAAUCCUAAUUAAUAAAAUCUUGUGUGUACCUUAAUCUGACAUCACUCCUAAAAUAUUUGUCCUAACAAGGAAGGCUACUCACAUACUGUGCACAUAGGUAUAGUAAUUUGCAUAGUUUUUCUAUUAUUGUAGUAUUUUAUGUCUUCAUGAGUAAGAGUCCUUGUAAUCUUUUAUGGCUAGAUAUAUACUGUAAGUAUGAAUAUACAUUUAAUUAUUUUAGUUUUACCAUACUGCAGAAAAACAUUUCUCAUACUGAGUUGUGUGUUGUGAUCCUUCAUUCACAAUCAUUCAUUUGAAAAUUUAACUAUACCUAUAAAUUGUUUAACAGACUAAGAAGUGAUUGUUAAAACUAAUAACAGGAAUAUGGAUAGAGGGUUUUGUGCAUAUCAUAUUUUGAUAUUUCAUAUUUUCUUGUAUCUGUGUCACAAACAAUUAAACAGCAACUAUAUAAUACGAUAAA